UCGAAUUGAUCAAAUAUGGAUCAAUCAAACCACCACCUGGCAAAGUAGCAAGGCUACCAUCAAGGAUAUAAUAAAUCCCCUAAUAAGUAGGGAUCAUAUUUCUAUGGUAACGGAGAUCAAAGUCUGGAAUCUAAACACAAGAAAGAGAACAACAUACCAUAAACCAAAUCACAAGUAUAAUUGGCAUCUUACCAGUGCAAAACAAUGGACAAAGUUCUCCAAGGAAAUUGAAGAAGGUCUGACUAAACAGUCUAUAAUACAAGGAACAACUGACCAAAAAUGGAACGCUCUUUGCAAUCACAUUCUCAAAGCAGCAAAAAGUCAUAUUUCUAAAAGGAAACACUACCGCAAAAAGAGAAUACACCUAGAUAUAUACAAACAGAAGAAUCCAUUGAUAAAACUACAAAUGUGGAAAAACCAAAUCCGACAAAUUCAUGGAGACAACACUCUGACUGUAAUCAAAAUACCAGAACUAAUAGAGAAUUACUUCCCAGACCUG